AUGGAUCUCGAAUUCGGUCAACGGCCGGUGGCCAAUAAAUCGCGCCGCCGCAUCCCGGCAUGUCUGAGAUGCCGUGCUCGAAAGGUCAAGUGCGAUAACAAACUGCCGGUAUGCUCCAACUGCGAGAAGGCCGCUGCCGAGUGUGACCAAGCAGCCAGCUCGGACAAGCUACUUGUCAAGCAAUUAGAAGACCGAAUCAGGGUGCUUGAAACCCUUGUGAAAAAGCAUGCUCCUCAAGUGUCUCUCGACGAGGAGUUGAGCGAAGUUGAUUUCUCCAGCCUGGGCUCCGGGGAUGAUCAUAGCCAGGUAGCUGCCCUGGGAUCAAUACAGGGGCAUCAUACCUAUUCUACCGAUUCUCGGGUUUUUGAGAAGGCCCCUCAAGAGCCUCCUCCAACCACCGCAGCUAGACGGUCAGCUGGCGCCACCGCGGAUAAACACAACACGCCGAGUCCAUCUGUUCACAGCAGCCAGAUUGGUCCAGAGCAGCCUCUAGCUCAUGAGGUCGGCUUACUUUCACUUGGUAAUACGACGAGCGAGCCAAAGUACCUCGGUCCAUCAUCAGGAUUCACCUUGGCCCGAUUGACCUAUGCAGCAGUGCCCCAGAGCCAGGGUCUGCCAAGUAUUGCUCAUCCUUCUUCUAGGAAUGAAGACGACGGCCAGGUUCGGGAGCAACCCAAGUGUGCUUCUUUGCCGUCAUUGGCUGAGAUGCGCAGAUUCGUUGGUGCCUACGUCGAUGCGUUCCAUUCGCAGUACCCCUUUCUCCAAGACGGCAAGAUCGAGGAGAUUUUAGAGGUACAACUACGAUGCUCCGAGGAGGGGUCGAAUAAAGUAUCCCUAAAUAAGGCGAUGCUAUUCCUAGUUGCAGCUUUAGGCGCCAAGAUAUUGGAGCAAGGCCGAAAUGUUGACUUGAGAAGCUCUAACUACUUGGCUUCGGCUAUGGUCCAAGUAGCCGCGCUCCAACUGCACGACUCUGUCCAGGGGGUUCAGGUCAUGCUUCUCUUGGUGUUGGUGAGUUUCGUCUUUCUUGAGAGUCUCAACGCAUGGUUUCUCUCGUCGGCAAUAAUCGCCAGCUGCGUAGAUCUUGGAUUACAACGAAGGAAUGUUCCAUUCCGUCGAGACGGGCAUGAUCCUGCCUCGGAAGCUCGUGAGAACGUCCGGUGUGGAAUAUUCUGGUCGGCGUACUCGAUAGAUCGGACCCUUUGCACGAUACUCGGCCGGCCAUUGAACCUCCGUGAUGAGGCUUUGGAUGUCGAUUUCCCUGGUGAGGUGGGGAGCGGCUCCUCUAGUGUUAACGCCGUAAUGUCUGCUUCUCAUAGCGAGCCAGGGGCGCACAUGGCUGAAGAAGCGAGAUCUCAAGAUGCUGAACGCUAUCUCAAGCGGCGGCGACUAGAUCAGCCCACAGGAUCCGACUACACGGCAUCGACGUUCUUUUUCCGCUUCGACCGGAUCACGGCGGAGAUCAAACUCAUGCUGUACAGAGUAGCACAAGCGCCGUGGAGGUUUCCCUGGCCAUCCAACCAUGCACAGUGGCAGGACGAAGCGCUCGCCAGCUGUGAUGAUCUUCUGUCCCUUGCACGUGAGACACUGUCGUCGCGAGUUCUGGUACCAAGUCAUUAUCGGCGCUUGCUGCCAUGCCUGGAGAUCAAGUACCACCAAUGCGUUCUUCUUCUUUUCCGACCGACCCCUGCAAUACCUCAACCAUUGCAGGAGGGAUACAGGCGGUGCUACGAGUCUGCGAGGGAAGUACUGCGCAUCCACGCGGAGCAACUCCGGUUUGGAGAGCUCCUCGAGAGCUGGCUCACCGCGCAUCUAGUGUUUGUCAGCGGGAUCACGAUGAUAUAUAGCAUUCUUAAGCUGCCGGAAGUUGCCAAACAUGCAUUUGGCAGCACGGGGUCAACGGAAUUUGAUCAGAGCAUCAGCGAUUGCUCUGAAGUAUUGUCGCGCCUCGGGACCACAUGGCCGGUAGCUAGAGACGCGAAGGACAAAUUUGAGAGACUCGCAACUCGGUCAAAAGAGACGGUAGCCAACGUCUCGCGUGUGGCAAACUCCCAGACCGAGGUGUCCCUACAAGCCGCGGAGAUGGACAUGUCCAGAUCAAGCGAUGGGCAGAGCCUUGCGCAGGAAACACAAGCCAGCGAUGCUUUUCUCAACGCGAUACCGGGGAGCGACAACAACAUGGGGAGUAUGUUCAGCAGCUCCGAGUUUCUGUGGGAUGAGCUGGGUGACAUGUCAACGUGGUUCGAUCUGAACUGGAUCGGCGACCAGGGCAGUAGUUACGAUGUCGCGCCGUUUGCUCCUUGA